UGUUGGCUCACCUGUGUACUGCCUUCCAUCUCAGCUCCUUCCUCUCUCAUGGCGGUUGAGCAGAACGUCGAGUACGUUGAUUUCCUGCGAGGGUGGAAAUCAGUCCGCCCUGGUCGUGUAUCUUGGAAUGAGACCGACGUAGCUCGGGUGGCAACUUCUAUGAAAGCGCACCUUCCGGUGGCUGUUUUGAACAUGAUGGAGAAUGGCACAUGGAGUGGUGUUUCGCUCAUCCAGCUGAGCAGCGAUGUAACCAAGCCUACCUGUGACGAGUUGGCGCAAAACCAUUGCCUGCUCAAACCUUUGGUUUUGAGUUUCCCCAAAGCGGUUCCAUCAGCCUACAUGCUCACCGACUGCUACCUCUACUUGGACCGUCUACUGGAUAAGAAGGUCUUCAAGCCCCAGCAAGAUGAGAGCCGGAUGGUGAUGGCGGGGAGGGAAGGUGUCAAAGCCAAAAGGUGCCUUGGUGCUCUGCGCGCCCUGUGGAGAUCUUCUAAGAAAGCAUGGGACCCUCGCAUCCAAGACUUGAAGGCCUGCUUGGAGAGAAGCCCAGCAAGGCGCAGCAGAAGCCCAGAAGAUCGCCCUGCUGAAGCUGCUGGUGCUCUGGCUGAUGGCGCUGAUGAUGUUGCUGAAGGUGGUGAUGACGUUGGUGGCAAUGAUUCUCCAGCAGACGUCGCUGAUCACUGUGAGUCUGGGGGUGAAGAGGCGUCUGAUGGUGAGGGCUCUCAUGGUGAGUUCUCUGGCGGUGAGGACUCUGAUGGUGAGGGCUCUGAUGAUGAAGGCUCAAACAAUGAGGGCUCAAACAAUGAGGGCUCAAACAAUGAGGG